AACUGUCAGGCACACACAGCUGAUGCGUGAUUUCGUUUGACUGCAAAUAUCGUCGCCUCGUUUUCGUCACGUGCAACCAGCGCGUACACAGCACGCGCACUUAAUGUUAUGUAAACAAAGUGCGGCCGCAACGACGAGUCACCAGAAGUGCCAGAAGUGAUAAGCGUGAUAAGGAGGGGAUUUCCGGAAAUCCCAGGUGUGCAAACUAUCUGCUAGCCAUGUCAAUUACCGAGAAGGACCUGUAUCGGGACACUCCGGUGCGCUAUUUAGGGUAUACAAACGAAAUCGGCGAAGCGUUUCGGCCAGUGAUAAAGAAAGUAUUCGUACACGCCAGCUAUGCCUUCGCCAUCAGCUACGUGCUAGCCGAUACGGCCGACAAAUCGAAGAAGCAGUACGACAAACCGGAACUCCUGGGAGGUGGCUUGCGUGGUGCUGUCGUAGCUUCCGGAGAUACGCUGCUGUGGCAAAUGUUUGCCUCCGUUAUCAUCCCCGGCUUUACGAUCAAUCGUAUUUGUUGGCUAUCGAAAAAGGUGCUAAAAACGAACAAAAUAAAGGGCCCCGUCGCAAAAUGGGGACCCACGAUGCUCGGCCUGUUGGCCAUUCCGUUCAUCAUUCAUCCGAUCGACAGUGCCGUCGAUUACGCGAUGGAUAACACCUACCGGAAGUACGUUAAGUAGUUGCUAGCGACACGAAGCGACGCCGCAACCGCUUAGCUGUUGACGUUUUAACGUUAGAUUUUGCUCAAAAUUGUUAGCUUUAAGUGGGUUCUAAGACGGAAAAAUGGUGCCACUAUCUUGCAACUAAGUUUUAAGAUGUCAAUUCGAUGACCAAUUUACGCACAUAGGUUUAUUAUAUUCAUAGAUUUCAGGGCGAUAGACGAAUUUAUAGGUUAGCUGUGUUGAUUUCAAUGAUGCGAAACACGGUGACUUCGGUGCCAGAUAGCUGACAAUAAACGUGUUGUCUCCGACAGGAGC